AUGGCGACUUCUCCAAACAACACGAACAGUCAUCUAUACCCGGAGAGACGAAUGAGAACGGAUCACCAACAGUCCCACAGAUCGACAAAGAGCCCCGGAAAGACAGAGACAUCCCGUUACUUCGCGCCUUCGCGGCCGAGCGAGAAGUCGAGGCCUCACGAAACCAACGAUGAUGGUGAUGACCAUGAGCACACACGAAGUCCUCCCGAAGACAAGUCGGCUUCAAGUGGCAGGCGUCAAAUGCUACUCACGUUCAGCUCUUCAGGCCGUCUAGGGACGAGACAGCCCCUCAAGAAUCCGACUCCUCGCUCAGAUGCCAAACGCCUAUCUCUCGCCGAUGUUGCUGCUGAAACACUCUCCCUCCUCCCAGGACUGCUCGCUACUCGACCGGACGUCGGCCGUGACGGACACCUCAUCGCACCAUCUAGUACGUCGAUAGCCCUCGACUCAACGACCGGCCUGCAUCUCCCUGCAACCAAGAUCCGCGUCGUAGAUUCCGACUCAAUCACCGCCGCCCUCUCGCUCCCAAGUCUUGGCUCAACACAUCCUCCACCCCUGGUCCUCAACAUGGCCAACGCAAGACACGCAGGUGGUGGCUUCAAGCACGGCGCCCUAGCCCAGGAAGAAGCACUAUGCUACCGCUCGAGUCUGUUCUUCACCCUCAAGAUCAAGCACUACCCUAUCCCAGAGACAGGCGCCAUCUACUCCCCCCGAGUACUCGUCAUACGCGAAGACAUGAGUCAAGGUCACAACUUACUGGACUUCCGCAACCCAGCUAUUUUGCCUGUCCUGAGCGUGGUAAGCGCAGCUGCGAUCGAACGCCCCGAAACAAGAAGACUACAGAUUCAUCAACACGGCACCGUAGAGGUCUACGCCAGGAAGUCAGAUGAAGAGCUCAUGAAGCGCAAAAUGCGCACUAUCUUGCGCGUAGCGGCGACACACGGGCAUCGGCAGAUUGUGCUGGGUGCGUUUGGAUGUGGUGCAUUCCAAAAUCCGGCCCAUGAGGUUGCUCGGAUGUGGGCGGAGGUGUUCGCAGAGGAGGAGUUCGAGGAUGGGGUUUGGUGGAAGGAUGUGAUAUUUGCGGUGUUAGGGCAGGGAACGGAGAAUUUCGAUGCAUUCGACAGGCUGCUUGCUGGGCGGGUGGUCUAA